AUCGCAUCAGAUUACUUCUCAAAGAGAUUUAGUCGUCUUCGCAUCGCAACACCAUCUCCAACUCCUGGCCUUGUUCUCCUGCAUUCCUGCGUCGCGUUUUGUCCAUCAUUCUGCGGAAUUAUAAUCUGUUGAGACGACAGCUUUUAAAGCUAAGGGAAGAAGAUGGUGAAAGUAGCGACGUUCUUUGCAAUGUCAUUAGGGGCCUUUGUAUUCUGGCAGUCGAUGGAUAAACUCCAUGUUUGGAUCGCUCUCCGUCAAGACGAAAAGAAAGAGAGAUUGGAAAGGGAAGCAGAGAUCAGAAGAGUUAGAGAAGAGCUACUGCAACAAGCGAAACAGAACGACUCUCUUGCUUGACUUUUAACGCUUCUUGACCGGUGGCCUUCCGUCCUCUUUUUUGUUUUUCUGUACUUUCUGUUGCUGUUAUCGGUAUUGAUCGAUCAGCUUAGACUCUUACACAUUUUAUAAGUAUCGGUUGUCCGUUCUACAACAAUGAUAAUGGGGUGGCCUAUAAAUGGUCGAUUACUCAUUUCUACACCUUUCCUGCUUAUCAAAUCGUAAGCAAUGCCCAUUUCAAUAUGGAGCUUUGCUUUUUGAAUAAUUGAAAUUCCUGAACUUGACUC